CCUCGCCAGUGGGCGCAGUGCCGCAGCGCUCGCCCGGGUGGCCGCUCGCUGCCGCGGGCCGCACCUCUGCUGUGACCAAACGCUGCACGGUUGCGGGCGCCGCGGCGGCGCGCCCAGAGCUCCGCCACCCUGCGGCGCGUGGCAUGGGAUAACGCGGCCAUGGUGCGCCGAGAUCGACUCCGCAGGAUGAGGGAGUGGUGGGUCCAGGUGGGGCUGCUGGCUGUGCCCCUGCUGGCCGCGUACCUGCACAUCCCACCCCCUCAGCUCUCUCCUGCUCUGCACUCGUGGAAGACCAAUGGCAAGUUUUUUACCUACAAGGGACUGCGCAUCUUCUAUCAAGACUCCGUGGGUGUGGUUGGAAGUCCUGAGAUAGUUGUGCUUUUACAUGGCUUUCCAACAUCCAGCUACGAUUGGUACAAGAUAUGGGAAGGUCUGACCCUCAGGUUUCAUCGAGUGAUUGCACUUGAUUUCUUAGGCUUUGGCUUCAGUGACAAACCGAGACCACAUCACUACUCCAUCUUUGAGCAGGCCAGCAUUGUUGAGGCACUUUUGCGGCAUCUGGGGCUCCAGAACCGCAGGAUCAACCUGUUGUCUCAUGAUUAUGGAGAUAUUGUUGCUCAGGAGCUGCUGUACAGGUACAAGCAGAAUCGAUCUGGCCGACUUACCAUAAAGAGUCUCUGUCUGUCCAAUGGAGGUAUCUUUCCUGAGACUCAUCGGCCUCUUCUUCUUCAAAAGCUACUCAAAGAUGGAGGCAUACUGUCACCCAUCCUUACGCGGCUGAUGAACUUCUUUGUGUUCUCUCGAGGUCUCACCCCUGUCUUCGGACCAUACACUCGACCCUCUGAGAGUGAGCUGUGGGACAUGUGGGCUGGAAUCCGCAACAACGAUGGGAACCUGGUCAUCGACAGUCUCUUGCAGUACAUUAAUCAGAGGAAAAAGUUUAGAAGACGCUGGGUGGGAGCACUUGCCUCUGUAACGAUUCCCAUUCAUUUUAUCUAUGGGCCACUGGAUCCUAUAAAUCCCUACCCAGAGUUUUUGGAGCUGUACAGGAAAACGCUGCCGCGGUCCACAGUGUCGAUUCUGGAUGACCACAUUAGCCACUACCCACAGCUAGAGGAUCCCAUGGGCUUCUUGAAUGCAUAUAUGGGCUUCAUCAACUCCUUCUGAGCUGGAAAGAGUAGCUUCCCCGUAUUACCUCCCCCAUUCCCUAACUUGUUGUAUAUUCCACUUAGGAAGAAAUGCCCAAAAGAGGUCCUGGAAACCAAACACCAUUCUCUUAACAAAAGUCCACUUUACUCACAUUGCUGAGCAGAAUAUAGAAAAAGGCAGCAAAAGCUCCAACUAAGAGUGACAAUAGUAGUCCACCUCAGUCCUCUGACAUCUGAUCAAGUGGACUUGCCUUUGUGUUAUUAGGAAAUUCUGGUCUGCAUUACUUCUUACUGAUGCAGGAAGAUAGGCGUUAGACAUCACUUUGCAUAAAAGACUUUUAAUACUCCUGUGGAUUUUUCUGAAAUAAUUUAGAUAUGGGAAUUUCUGUCUUGAUCCCAAGUGAAAUCCCACAGUAAAGAAUGAGAAGGGAUUGUUUACCUCUCCUAACAUGGCUUUAAGAGCACAUAGUUUUUUUUUUUUUAAGUUCUCUAAGUAACAUUGCUUAAGUGAGUGUGAAUCUGUUGUCUUAACUGUGGAUUUAGUUUCAUCAGCUAUUUUAAUUGUGGAUGUUUUGUUAAAAUAGAUACUAGUCUAAAUAAUGUAGUACCAUAAUUAUACUUUAAGACAAUGAUUUGCCUACACAUGUAUAUGUUUUAUAAGAAUGCUAAACCAGCAGACCCUUCCCCUGCCAGAGUAGUAAACCUAAUUAAGAGUGGUAACGUCUGAAUAAAUUGAACUAAAUCCAAAUUA